AAGUACCGCCACGGCAGUCACUCGGUCCGCGAACGUAAUGCCGGCACAUCGUCGUCUUCUCGUACUCACGUGAAAAUACGUACGCGUUCCUCACCGUCGACAUCACGUUGCGUUCACCAUCACCGUCGUCUAAGUGUUGUUGAUUAUUUUUCAUAAACAAACAGUGAUCCGGUUGAUGCGCGAAGGAAGGGAACAACCAAUCGGAGCCCGCUAUGUCAUCUGAGGAGGACGGCGGCAACGGUGCUACGACGGCAGUGGCGGGGGGAGCUGAGUGUUUCGUCGGUGGGGAUUUGGACGGAGCUACCGACAAACUGUUGAAGAACAAGGCAAAACGAAGCAGACAGCGCGUGGAUGCCGGCGAACCGCGUAACAGUUACUCGUCCAUUCCGAAUUUCAGUUCGCGACCGAUCGUAUCUUCAGCGCCGUUAUUAAAUCAAGCAGCCAGUUUCUACGGUGCAUUUUUUGGUCAAGGACAUCAACAAUAUUUUUUUAAUCAGGGCUUUGGGCCCGGUAAAAUGCUAAACGAGUUCAUCGGCCGUCAAGUCAAAGAAGAUAUGAUGACCAUGGACUCCGCAGAUUGUAUGGCACAGCCACUACCCGGCUUACCAAAUUCACCGACACCAAACAGUGAAUUGGCACACCACAUGCUCAGAGAUAUACUGCAAGGUAGAAAGAAAGAGUUAUUGGCUCUCGAACAAGAGUUUCGCAAUUCAGAAGAUCCGUCUUCUCCUGACAACACAUUAAUGAACAAUAAUAAUAAUAUCAACAACAACAAAAAUGAUAUUAAAGACGACUUAAAUAGUACAAUGCAGAAAGAAUCCAUCAUUUCUAUGGACAUAGACAAAUCAGCUGAAAACGAGGUAAGUUCUAAUAUUAUUAAUAAUGAUGUGGAAGACUUAAAUGACAGUAGUGAUUCAGAGCGAUCAGUGUGUUCUCCGUCUUUCGAUACUAGAGAACCAACUGAAGAACAGAGUAAAGAUUCAGAGGUAAGAGUAGAGCAGAAUGAAUUGAAAAAAGCUAGAGUAGAAAAUAUAGUUUCCACUAUGAGAUCUAGUCCAUCAUUACCCGUUCAAGUCAAUGGAUGCAAAAAGCGCAAACUAUACCAUCCACAACAACAUGAUAACAGCGAGCGGUAUAACAGUACGCACGAAGCUGAAGACGAAGAUGAAGACGAUGACGAAGAUCUCAGUCCCAACGAACUUAGACAAAAAAUGGUCGAAAAAAAUGUUCUAAAAAGUCAAUUACGUACUAUGCAAGAACAAUUAGCUGAAAUGCAACAAAAGUACGUACAGCUAUGUACUAGAAUGGAUCAUGACGAAGAAGCAGAUGACGUAAGUGAUGGCGAGCAAGAGCCAGAAAUUACUGACGUUCCUACAGCACCAAAGUCUGUUACUCCUCCACCACACAUAAGUUCUAACUUUUCAAAAAUGGUCAAAUUCUUACCCCAAAACCCACAUAUGCCUCUACAUCCUUCCUUUAACGGUGCUCUUUCAUUACUCCAACAACAAGUACUUCAAGAGCAGCAUAACAACCAACAACAACAUCAUGCAAUAAAUAACGCAGCAGCUAUGUAUUUAGGCGUUAGUCACAAACUAUUCAUGGAACAAGAAGCCAGGCUAGCCAAAGAAGCAGCAAUUGCUGCUGAACAACAACAGCGACAGCAGCAAGAACAACAACUGCAGCAACAGCAACAGCAACAGCAGCAACAACAACAACAACAUCAGCAACAGCAGCAACAUCAACAAAACAUUCAGCAACAGCAGCAACAUCAACAAAACAUUCAACAACAACAUAUUACUCAACAACAGAAAACAAUUGAGUCUCCCGAAAAAUUACGUCAAACGUCACCUUUAACUCCUCCAUUUCCAGACCUAGAACUUUUAGCUGACGCUUUAAAAUCAGAAAUUUCAUCUACUUUGACAGGUCUCAUUGAUACUAUAAUGACAAAAUUUGCCCAACAAAGAAAACAAUUGAAACAAACAGAUUUGGAUAAAGAUAUGGACCGAAAAUCACCCAGAACUAAAGUGAUCGACCGCGGUAGUCACAGUGACCGAAAUAUUGGAUUAUCAAAUGGCAUGCCUGUAAAAAUGAAUGGCAGUUAUCAAUGUAGCAACGGUCUCUCCAACGGCCCAGAAAUCAGAAAUGGAAUGGUUAAUUCUGCGUGUUAUAAUGGAACCGGCCCGGAGAAUACCAUUAACCACGUCAGAGCUCCACCACAAAUUUUCCCGCAAAAAAUGCAUGGAUCUACUGGUUUAAGUAACGCAGCCGCUGCCGCAGCUUUAUACUCAUCCAUGAGUGGGUUACCGUCUCAUUUAAAUCCAUUUUGUGUUAAACACGAACCAGCGCCUGAACAGAAUGAGGCACUUAGUCUUGUAGUAAUGCCUAAAAAGAAACGACAUAAGGUUACUGACACUAGAAUCACUCCUCGCACUGUUAGUCGAAUAUUAGCGCAAGAUUCAAUGAACUCAAUGGACUCAAGAGUACCAUCUAAUGGAACUUCGAUGCUAACGUCUGAUUCACCACCACCUCCAACAUCCACACUUCGCUCUUUUCACCAACCUCAACAGCCACAACAACAGUCACAGCCUUCGGCUCCACCGCCGCCACCUAUGAUGUUACCAGUAUCUUUACCCACAUCAGUGGCUAUACCCAAUCCAAGCCUGCACGAGUCACAGGUCUUCAGCCCCUACAGUCCAUUUUAUACAAGUCAACACCAAGUACCACAUCACAUACCAUCUUCGAGCCCGCCAGGCAUGUCUGAUUCGCCACCACCACCACACCAACACCAUCACAGUUCUCUACUACACCCAGCUCUUCUCGCUGCCGCCCAGCACCACAAUUCAUCGCCUGAUAUGAUGAGCAUAAAAGCUCGAAUGGACAUGAGCAUGGGUAACGGAGGCAAUGACAGCAUUGAUCGAAUUUCCGAGUGCAAUUCUGGAGAUGGGCCUUACGACGGAUUGUCGCCUAUAUCGUCUACCCUGACACCAAUGCACUUGCGUAAAGCCAAAUUGAUGUUCUUCUGGGUACGCUAUCCUAGUUCAGCUAUCCUCAAGAUGUAUUUUCCAGAUAUUAAGUUCAACAAGAACAACACCGCACAACUAGUCAAAUGGUUUUCCAACUUUAGAGAAUUCUAUUACAUCCAAAUGGAGAAAUACGCUCGACAGGCAGUUAGUGAAGGUUUGCAAAGGUCUGAAGACAUUCAUGUCAACAAAGACAGCGAAAUCUACAGGGUUCUUAAUUUACACUAUAAUCGCAAUAAUCACAUCGAGGCGCCUGGAAAUUUCGAGUACGUAGUACAACAAACUUUACGCGAAUUUUUCGUAGCCAUUCAAAACGGUAAGGACCAAGAACAGUCAUGGAAAAAGUCUAUAUACAAAGUGAUUUCUCGCAUGGACGACACCGUACCGGAGUACUUUAGGUCUCCAAAUUUCCUCGAACAGCUCGAAUAAAUAUUUAAUAUAUAUAUAUAUAUGUAAUUAUUUGAUUGUCGCGUCUGUAAACUGCAAACGUUUAGUUUUUAUUUAUUAAUUAUUAUUAUAUACAUAAUUGUUUUUAUUAAAAGCUCGGAAAAAGCUUAUUUUAUGACGGGUUAUUAUUAAAUUCUAUACAUUGUUGUGUACAGUCACUUUGAAGACAAAUUUUAUAACAUUCUUGUUUUAGUUCCGUUUUCAAAUAUUUUUAUAAAUUAAGGUGGUCUCUUUUGUACAAAGGUAAAACAUAUAAUAUUGUACAAAACUAAAAAAUUGCUUUUGUUUAUAUUAUUUUUAUAUUACUAUAAACGUAUAUUUAUAUAUUUAAAAAAUCGAAAAAAUAUGUAAUUGCUUUAAUUAAUGUAUUUUAGUUAUUGUAGUCUAAUGUAAAUAGAUAUUAAGAGACCUACUAAAUAUUAUUUUAAAAAAUUAUUUAUAUAUGUAUAUUAUAAAGAUUAUUUGUCCUGUAAUUUGAUGGACACAAUUAUGUACACAACAUAAUUAUAAAUUAAUUGUUAAAUCUAAAUUUUAAUCACACGGGGUACCCUUUAUUACUAUAAUUAUUAUUAUUUUAAUUAUUUAACAGUGUCUAGAUUAGGUUGUUAUAUCACAAUUUAAGAGCACAUUUAAAAAAAAUUAUAUCGUCGAUUGCCUACAUAUUAUUAUAUUACACACCACGUCGGCAUUCCCCACUCACGUGAUCUCACUAUUUCAAUUUAUGAUUUUAGCCUAAUUAUUAUUUUAGUUUAUUUAUUUAUUUUAUUUUAUUUUUAUUUAUUUAUUAUUUUGGUGUGGUGAGUUUUUCCUAGUCAAAUAAUUAAAAGAUCAGAUGAAAAAUUCUAUUAUAA